ACAGACUGGAAUGAAAGAACCAAACACGACUUAACAGACCAAAAUCAUUAAAAAAAAAAAAGAAGACGAAGAAGAAGAAAGAAGGGAAGAAAAGGAAAGUUUUGGUUUCAGUUUUGUAAUUCGAUUUUUCGGAAACGAAUCCAGAUCUAAAAUAUUCUGUUUGGGAAAAUUAAGACAGGGAUUGAUUUCUAAUUUUGGCAAGAAAAUAAGAACAAAGAAAAAAAAAGUGUUUUCGAAAAUUCUAAAACCCUAGAUAGAGAUGUUUCGUCUCGAGCAAGAAAAGAUCCGAAAACGGCUUUGAUUUUUCCUGGUCAUUCUCAAUCUAAAUCUCAAUCUCUUUCUCUUUGCCUCCCUUCUACUUGGAGAAAAUUCAGUUCUGACUGAGUCCUCCUAGGGUUUCACAUGGCUGACGCUCUAUCUGUGGUUCCCGCCUUCGUUCUUCGAAAUCUCGCGGAUAAGCUCUACGAGAAACGCAAGAAUGCCGCUCUUGAGGUUGAGGGGAUUGUGAAGAACUUAGCUUCGAGUGGGGAUCACGAUAAGAUUGCAGCGGUUAUCAAUCUUCUGACUAAUGAAUUUACUUAUUCGCCUCAAGCGAAUCACAGGAAGGGAGGAUUGAUAGGAUUGGCUGCUGCGACAGUUGGGUUGAGUACUGACGCGGCACAACAUCUAGAGCAAAUUGUGCCUCCCGUGCUUAAUUCUUUUUCUGACCAAGACAGCAGAGUUCGAUAUUAUGCUUGUGAAGCUCUAUACAAUAUUGCGAAGGUUGUAAGAGGGGAUUUUAUCAUAUUCUUUAAUCAGAUUUUUGAUGCUUUAUGUAAGCUUUCAGCCGACUCAGAUGCUAACGUACAAAGUGCCGCUCAUCUUCUAGAUCGGCUUGUGAAGGAUAUUGUUACUGAAAGUGAUCAAUUCAGUAUUGAAGAAUUUAUACCAUUGCUGAGGGAGCGCAUGAAUGUCCUAAAUCCCUAUGUUCGUCAGUUUUUGGUAGGAUGGAUAACUGUAUUAGACAGUGUCCCCGACAUUGAUAUGCUGGGAUUUCUACCUGAUUUUCUAGACGGUUUGUUUAAUAUGUUAAGUGAUUCUAGCCAUGAAAUACGCCAACAAGCUGAUUCGGCUCUCACAGAAUUUCUUCAAGAGAUCAAGAGCUCCCCAUCUGUAGAUUAUGGUCGCAUGGCUGAGAUUCUGGUGCAGAGGGCUGCUUCUCCAGAUGAAUUUACUCGGUUAACAGCUGUCACAUGGAUAAAUGAAUUUGUAAAACUUGGUGGGGAACAGCUUGUCCCUUACUAUGCUGAUAUUCUGGGUGCGAUAUUGCCUUGCAUAUCUGAUAAAGAAGAGAAAAUUAGAGUGGUUGCUCGUGAAACCAAUGAAGAACUUCGUGCAAUCAAAGCUCAUCCAUCUGACGAUUUUAAUGUGGGAUCCAUACUCUCUAUUGCAAAGAGGCAAUUAUCUAGUGAAUGGGAGGCUACUAAAAUUGAAGCAUUGCACUGGAUAUCGACACUUUUAAACAGAUAUCGUGCUGAGGUCUUGACUUCUUUGAGAGACAUAUUUGAUACGCUUUUGAAUCCACUUUCAGAUCCUUCUGAUGAGGUCGUACUUCUGGUUCUUGAGGUUCAUGCAUGCAUAGCUAAAGAUCCCCAACACUUCCGUCAGCUUGUUGUUUUCCUAGUACAUCAUUUUAGGAAUGACAAUUCUCUUUUGGAGAAGCGUGGUGCUUUGAUAAUCCGUCGACUUUGUGUACUUUUAGAUGCUGAAAGGGUUUACCGGGAGUUCUCUACAAUAUUAGAAGGAGAAUCUGAUCUGAACUUUGCAUCUGUUAUGGUUCAGGCUUUGAAUUUGAUUUUACUUACAUCCUCUGAACUAUAUGAACUUCGAGAUCUUUUGAAAAAAUCACUGGUUAACCCUGCCGGGAAGGAUUUAUUUGUUUCAUUGUAUGCUUCAUGGUGCCACUCGCCCAUGGCGAUCAUAAGUCUGUGCUUGUUAGCUCAGACAUAUCAACAUGCAAGUGCUGUAAUCCAGUCUCUGGUGGAGGAGGAUAUUAAUGUAAAGUUUUUGGUCCAGUUGGAUAAAUUGAUUCGCUUGCUGGAGACUCCAAUUUUUGCAUAUCUUAGAUUACAGCUUCUUGAACCUGGCAGAUACAUAUGGUUGUUAAAAGCCUUGUAUGGUCUUUUGAUGUUGCUUCCUCAGCAAAGUGCAGCCUUCAAGAUACUACGAACACGUCUAAAAACUGUGCCCUCCUACUCUUUUAGCAGUGAUCAACUCAAGCGAACUCCUUCUGGGAACCCCUAUCAGAUUUUUCAGCACAUUUCAGGUGGAUCACAUAUAACUGAUGAUGGAGAUGCAAACGAGGAUGAUAGGAAUUUGCAUAAUGGAAUCAAAUUUAAUUUAAGACUACAACAGUUUGAGCAAAUGCAGCAUCAACAUCGUCUGCAUGCUAAAGAGCAGGCACAAAUUCGAAGCACUUUUGCACCUUCAGCAUCAUCAAAGGAGGUGAGAAGACCUGAAGAACCCGCAAGCAAUCCUCCAUCCGAAAUUAAUCGGCCUCCUUCAAGAACGUCAAGGAGAGGUCCGGGACAGUUGCAACUAUGACAAUAAUACACUGCUUCUGGAGUUCUUGUUGAAAUUAUAAUUAUGGAUGAUCUCAGCAUAUGGAAGCCAUGAAUUGGGAUCUCUAGUAUAAUCUGUAAAAUUGUAUAUCAUAGUAGUUUGUUCUAUGGAACUUGUGGAGGUUGGGAUGUUGAAAAUUGGGUUGUUUUUGGAAAUUGAGAUGGAAGUUCAGUUUAUGGCUGAGCUUAUAUUCUUUUGACUUUGUAAACGAGAUACAAAACCCCAUGUGGUUCUGUUAUUUUUUAUUGAAAAACCAUGUGGGUUAGAGGGAUAUAUAUAUAAUAUUUAAUUUAGAAGA